AGUUAAAUGGGUUCUUGCUGUUAAAGUAGUCAAGUACCUCGGGAUUAGUAUUUAUUCCCAGAUGGAGGUGUGUAUACUGGAGAGCUGAAGGAUGGAUUGCCAGUAUGAGUGAUGAUCAAUUUUAGCAUGGUGUUGGAGCAAUUUCUUUUGAUAAUGGAUCAUCCUUUGAAGGACACUUCGAGAAUGGGGUGAAAAAUGGCAAAGGUGUUUACAGAUGGAGCGAUAAUUCUUAUUAUGAUGGGGAAUUUUUGAAUGAUGCAUUUAAUGGUUAUGGCGAAUUCUAUUGGAGCAAUGGCAAAUGGUACAAAGGAUAAUGGGUUGAUGGGAAUAUGCAAGGGGAAGGGCAAUUCUUUUCUGAUGGUAAGACGUAUAAGGGUGAGAUAUAUGAUUGUAAUUUAAGGUGAAUUUGAAAAUGAUAAGAGAAAUGGGAAGGGAGAGUAAAUUUGGCCCAACAGAUAAAAAUACGUUGGAGAAUGGAAAAACAAUAAGAUGCACGGAAAAGGAUAACUCACAGAGCCCAGCGGAAGAGUCAUUGAAGGAGAAUGGGUAAAGGGAAAAAAGAAAUGAUAAUUUCUUAUAUUUAAUUUUU